AUGGAGGGGGAGGAGGUGGUGUACAGGGAGAGGAGUCGGUGCCACAGCACGGACGCGUCACCGGCUGGUUCCACCGCCGACGUUCUUCGUCCUGAAGGCGAGGAACUUGCACGGGCGCGACCGCGGGUGGCCAGCCGCUCCUUUCGCUCUUUUUCCCUCCGGCUCGGCCCGGUUCCAUCCGCGGUGGUUCCUCCUCCUCCGGUCCGAGGAACUCUCCGCCAGGUGGCCCGGCAGCGAUGUUGCGACUCCGAUUCGACGGCUUUUGCCUUCUGGGGACGCCCAGUCACGUCCCCGCGCUCCAACCCGGCGAUGCCCCCGCUGCACUUUCGCCAAAGCCCCCCGUACUGGACCCACACGGAGAAGAUGGAACGACUCCACGCUGUGCCCGCCGCCAACACGGUGAAGUUCCGCUGCCCGGCCGGAGGCAGUCCACCGCCCUCCAUCCGCUGGCUCAAGAACGGGAGAGACUUCCGUGGGGAACACCGCAUCGGUGGGAUCAAGGUUCGUCACCAGCACUGGAGCCUCAUCAUGGAGAGUGUGGUGCCAUCUGAUCGUGGCAACUACACGUGCCUCGUGGAGAAUCCCUACGGGAAUCUCACCCACACAUACCAGCUGGAUGUCGUGGAGCGCUCACCCCACCGGCCAAUCCUGCAGGCCGGCCUGCCAGCCAACCAGACGGUGGCAGUGGGCAGUGAUGUGGAGUUCCACUGCCGCGUCUACAGCGACGCGCAGCCACACAUCCAGUGGCUCAAGCACGUGGAGGUGAACGGCAGCCGAUACGGCCCCGAUGGCCUCCCCUACGUCCACGUGCUCAAGCGCUCGGGGAUUAACAUCUCCGAGGCGAUGGUGCUGAGACUGGCGAACGUGACCCGGGCUGAUGCAGGGCAGUACGCCUGUAGGGUGUCCAAUUACAUAGGGGAGGCCAAUCAGUCCGCGUGGCUCAGCGUUGUGGGCCUGGGUGCAGUUGCCGACGGAGGAGAGUACACGUGCCUGGCCGGCAACUCCAUCGGCAUCUCCCAUCACUCCGCGUGGCUGCUGGUAGACCUCAACAUACCUCCCCUACCUACCCCUACCUGCCUACCCCUAACUACCUACCCCUACCUACCUACGGCUCUCUCUCUCCGCAACGUGAUGCUUGCCGACGGAGGAGAGUACACGUGCCUGGCCGGCAACUCCAUCGGCAUCUCCCAUCACUCCGCGUGGCUGCUGGUCGUGCCAGCUCUCGACAUGACCAACAACCAGCUGGGCGGCGCCGGCGGCUCUGCCGGCGGCUCUGCCGGCGGCUCCGCCGGCGGCUCCGCCGGCGGCGCCGCCGGCGGCAUCGGCGUGGCUCUCCUGCCGCCGCUGCCGGACUCGGCCGAGGUAGCCAUCUACUGCGUCGGUGGCCUCCUCCUCGUCCUCAUGGUUAUGGUCGUGGCCAUGGCCGGGCCGGCGGGCCCGGAGGAGCUUCCCUUGGCCCAGGGGCGGAGCCCUGGGCGGAGGGGGCGGGGCCCUGGGCGGAGGGGGCGGGGCCAAGAAGUUCAAGGAGCCGCGGCUUUGCAAGCUGAGCAAGGCAUCCCUCUGAAGCGUCAGGUGUCUGUAGAGUCGACAUCGUCCAUGCACUCCGGCGUGUCUCUGGUGCGUCGCUGCCGUUUCUCCUCCAGCGAGGGCGGCGCGGGGGGCGGAGCAGGCGGGGGCUCCGCCCUUGGGGGGCUCCUCGAGUUCGACCUCACGGAGGACCCCCACUGGGAGUUCCCUCGCGAGAGGCUCACCCUGGGCAAGCGACUUGGUGAAGGCUGCUUUGGCCAGGUGAUGAUGGCCGAGGCACUGGGCAUAGACCAAGAUGGCCGCUGCCACAGCACCACCGUCGCUGCGAAGAUGCUCAAGGACGACGCCACAGAUAAGGAGCUCUCCGACCUCGUCGCUGAGAUGGAGAUGAUGAAGACCAUCGGCAAACACAAAAACAUCCUCAACCUGCUGGGAGCGUGCACACAGGGCGGGCCGCUCCUGGUGCUGGUGGAGUUUGCCUCCAAGGGGAAUCUCCGAGAGUUCCUCAGAGCGCGGAGACCACCAGGCAUGGACUACACCUGCGGCGAGGUGACACGGGUGCCGGACGAGCAGCUCACAUUCAAGGACCUCGUGUCCUGUGCCUACCAAGUAGCCAGGGGCAUGGAGUACCUUGCUUCUAACAAGUGUAUCCACAGGGACCUGGCCGCCAGGAACGUGCUCGUGACGCACGACGUGGUGAUGAAGAUCGCCGACUUUGGCCUCGCGCGAGACAUCCACAACAUCGACUACUACAAGAAGACCACCAACGGUCGACUGCCAGUCAAGUGGAUGGCUCCUGAGGCAUUGUUUGACCGCGUUUACACUCACCAGAGUGACGUGUGGUCAUUCGGAGUCCUCCUGUGGGAGACGUUCACUCUGGGUGGUUCUCCCUACCCCGGGAUUCCUGUGGAGGAACUCUUCAAGCUCCUGCGUGAUGGAUACCGCAUGGAGCAACCCUCCAGCUGUAACCACGAACUCUACAUGAUGAUGCGAGACUGCUGGGCCUCAAUGCCUUACCAGAGGCCCACGUUCCACCAGCUGGUCGAAGACUUGGAUCGCAUCCUCAGCAUCACCACUCAAGACGACUACCUGGAGCUCUCUGACCCCGUGGAGCUGCUCCAGGUCAGCACUGUCCGUGGUGUAGCCCGCAACUCCACCACCUCCUCCACCUCCUCGUCCACCUCGUCCACCUCCUCCACCUCCACCUCGUCUGGAGACGAUUCUGUCUUCUCUCACGAGCAUCAGCAGCAGCAUCAUCAUCAUCAUCAUCAGCAGCAGCAGAAUCAUCAGCAGCAGCAUCGUCAUCAGCAUCAGCAGCAGAAUCAUCAGCAUCAUCAGCAGAAUCAUCAUUAG